AUCUCAUAAACUUGUUAGUGGGCUUCUAAUUAAACCGCAGUGCUUUGUGGGGGAUGUGUCUCUAUGGAAACCAGGACACAGAGACAGAAACUUUCUCUUUGAUGAGUCCAUCAAUUAGCAUCACAAGCCGCGUUCACGUGUCCGAGCAGCGGAACAUCUCACGUCUGCAAAUAAUGACACGGCGAGCACAAAGAGAAACACGGAGGCAGAGAAAGGAGCCACACUUUAACCAGAUGCACGGCAAUAAAUAACCGGCUCAGCGGGGCCCCGGUGCUGGGGGGGCAUUUACAUUCUGAAGUGCCCGCACCGUGGGGGGGUCCCACGGGCCCGGAGCGUGUCUGCGCGUCCGCACAGGACACACAGAGGCUGCGAUUGUUUCAGGGCUUCAUUUGUAACUUUGUGAAUGAAAUGUAAAUGUCCGAGGCGUGUGCUGAGCUCUGUAUAUAAGAGAGCCCGGAGAGGAGCCCAGGCACCGACACCGACACAGCACAGCCGACAUGCAGCCACACGCAGCCAAGGCACCGCGCAGCCACAGGACGCCUUUCUCUGUGGAGGAUAUUCUGGACCCAACGAAGUUCACACGGAGAAUGAUCCGAGCUGAGGAGCCAGCAGGAGCUUCUACUCUCAGAUCUGAGCGCGGGGAGCAGCAGCAGCAUCCGCCGGCAGGUGGAGGCUGCAGCCCGGAGGAGGAGGAGGAGGAGGAGGAGGAGGAGGCAGCUCCGUGUCCGGGGAAGAUCCAGAGAUCGAAAGCAAAGAGCCGCCGCAUCCGCACCGCCUUCACCCUGGAGCAGCUGCAGAUCCUGGAGCGCAGCUUCCAGAGGUGCCACUACCUGUCGGUGCUGGAGCGGCACAGCAUCUCCUCGGCUCUGCGCCUCUCCGAGACUCAGGUGAAGAUCUGGUUCCAGAACAGACGCACCAAGUGGAAGAAGGAGCGGCUCCAGGGGAAGGAGGCAGAGGAGGAGCACGGCUUCUUCUCCUCCUCCUCACACCCUGCGCUCCUCUCAUCCCUCCCUUACAGACCUGUGUACUGCCAGCAGCGCGCUCCGCUCCAGAUGUUUGCGCCACUGCAGCUGGUGCCGUUUCAUCAUUACUACACAUGAUGCGUAAAUACGCACAGAGACAUAAUGAAGCCCAGCAGCAUCUCCAGAGGAAGCGUCUGCAGACUGAGUUCAGAGAUAUUUUAAUGUAAUUAUAACUUAUUUUGAUAAACAUUUUUAU